UAGCGGGGUACGUGUACUCUUGAUCGUGGUCACAAGAGCCAUUCAAAUAACAAGGCACCCGAAGCUGCAAUGACGUCUGCGGUUCCUUACGACCCAGAUGACUUUGAUAACAACCCUUUUGCCGAAAGCAGCAUCAUUUCGCCGGCCUCUUAUCGAAAUCAAACGCAAGGUCAACUCAACACAGAUGAAGUAACAGAAGGAGAUGCAGGCGAAAAUGCUCCAAGUUCCAAAGCGCAUGAAGACAACGAGAAUGAACGGGCCAAUAUCCUGACACAACAAGGAUCCCAGCAGCAUCAACCUCAGGCGUCUGAUGACACAAGUCAUUCAUCGAACCCUUCAAGCAGCAAAGGAACAACGCCUCAAUUUAAUGAGUUCCCAACAGAAAGUGAUUUGAAGAAGUACUUGCCGGAAAGGCUUCAUAAAGACAGUUUUCAGCUAGUUAUAAAGAUUCAAGAAAUUGAAGGCAAUGGCAACAACACGCAAAAGAAUCCAAUUUUCAAAUUCAACGCAAAAGUUACUAAGCUAUCAGGGUUCCGUAAAGAAACAUACAAAAACGUGAGAAGGACCUACAAGGAAAUUGAGUCACUUUACAAGUAUCUGAUUUAUAACAACAUUGAAGUAUUCGUCCCAGCGUUACCUGCUGUCACGUCUUUCUAUACUCCUCUAUCUCCUGAAUUUGUUGCAUCUGUAACCAACUCAUUUCAGGAUUGGUUUAAUAGAAUUUGCGCAAAUCCAAUUCUCAUCAAAAAUAAGGAAUUUGCCUUGUUUUUCGAGCAGAAUGAUUUUGGCUAUGUUCCUUCCAAAACUAGACCAUCAACAAAUUCAGUAAUAGCCACAGGUUUAAGGAGAAAAACAUUGAAGCAGUUUAACCCACCAUAUGAUGGUUGUGAAUAUUUAGCUCGAUAUAGGCCAAUGAUCAAGGAAGUUCACUUGAGUUCCCAAAAACUUAUUGAAAAGCUUGAUAAAUAUCUGAGAUAUCAAAGACAAUCUGCGUAUUAUAAUAACGAGUUUAUAAGCCUUUUGAGCGGUCUUGGCAAUUUAGAGACGUCUACGGAGAUGUCGAAAUUAUGGAAAAAGUUCAACAAGUUUGCAGGUUUGUUCAAUGAAGCUGACUUGAUUAAGAAUGUUAGCUUCAUAUCAGAGCUACUCAAGUACUUUAGACAGGUUUGUGAUGAUACUUACAACAUAAAGGAGUCUCUAACUAAUAGGCAUUUGUUGAUGAGAGAGCUAACUACGGCAGAAGAAACAACAAAGAAAAGGCACAUGACUAUCACAAAGCUAAAAAUGAAAUCAACAAUCGAUCCAAUCAAAGUUGAUGAGGCCAUUAGAGCUCUAGAACUAUCUAACAACUACGAAAAGGAGUUGAGAUAUCAAGUCAAAAGAACUACAUACGAGAUGUUGAUCGAGGCCCAAGAGUUUAUCAGUUACUUGGUGCAAAGCUGUAAAAGGCUUCUCAAAAUUUUAGCCAAGCAGCAGAUUUUACAAGAACGCAAAAAGUUAAACUUGUUAAUGAACAACAGGCUCAUCAGCCAGCAAGAUUCACUUGGUCGUUUAGGACGAGAAGACUUGCCUGAAGAUGUCAUUGGCCAUGCCAAGAGUAACUCCAUUAACGAUUCAUGGAACUCAAGGACGAAAAAGAACUAUACUGACCCGAUUAGUAGAAGUUCUACCCCAUCCAAAGAUGAUACAGCUGAAGAAAUUUCCAAUGUCGACGCAAAGAGUGCAGCAUCUUUGUUGGCAGGCUCUAACUUCUGACCCUAUUGAGCUAUUGUUAUAUACUAGCCUUUUUUUGUAAUGUGUAUGAAAUAUACUUUUCCUCCAUAUAUGCUGCUGGCUUGUUGGAGAUGAUAGCAUUAAACGGAAC